AUGGCUGAGCUGGACCAGUCAAGCUCCCAGGAGCAGCCCACGCCAAUGCCCAACAAGGUCGAAGCCCAAAGCGAUAAGCAGCACAAGCAAGAGGACCCCACCAAAACACGAACCCCGCCAGCUGCACAGCAAGCAAGGACUGGCAGCAGCCCCGAGCAACCACUCCACACGACCUUUCAAAAUUUGACCCCGCCAAUUUUCGUCGUCUCCCUUGCUAUUGUCUUCCUCCUCCUUGGACUUUUACUUUCCCCUCUUGUUUCUUCUCGGUCAAGCCCAUCACCUCCCAUCCAUACCGUCACCACAACAGUCACCUCUUUUCAAACUCCUACCCUUUCUCCAAAACCACCCGCAAACAUGUCUUCCGCCGAGCAGACCUUCAUUGCCAUCAAGCCCGAUGGUGUCCAGCGUGGACUCAUUGGCCCCAUCAUCUCCCGCUUCGAGAACCGAGGCUUCAAGCUCGUCGCCAUCAAGCUUGUGAGCCCCUCCAAGGAGCACCUUGAGACCCACUACGCCGACCUCAAGGAGAAGCCCUUCUUCCCCGGUCUCGUUCAGUACAUGCUUAGCGGCCCCAUCUGCGCCAUGGUCUGGGAGGGCCGUGAUGCCGUCAAGACCGGCCGAACCAUCCUCGGUGCCACCAACCCCCUCGCCUCCGCCCCCGGCACCAUCCGUGGUGACUUCGCCAUCGACGUCGGCCGCAACGUCUGCCACGGCUCCGACAGCGUCGAGAACGCCAAGAAGGAGAUUGCUCUCUGGUUCAAGGAGGGUGAGCUCGUCAGCUGGAAGACUGCCCAGUUCGACUGGAUCUACGAGAAGGCCUAA